CUCUGUGCGGCAGAUGGGGCCCUAUCCGAGCGGGCGGCGCGGCUGUCUAUUUCCAUCUUUCAAUGUCUGACAGCCAGCGCAAGGCGCGCCAGAAGGACCGACCCGCCCAUGAUAGUGGAACCAUCCAUCACCAGAUGCUGAGAUGUUUCAUGGAACAAUCACAAAAGAGCUUACCAGUCAUGAAGAAUGGAGUCACUACAAUGAAAAUAUAGUAGAAGAUCAGAAAGAUUUUGUGUUUAUGAAGUAUAAUGGCCUUCAUCUGAAGUCCAUGGAGAGGGUGCAGUCCUGCAUCUCACUUAGAGUGUGCAUCUUCUCUAACAACUUUAUUACUGACAUUUAUCCACUGCAGACCUGCAUAAAGCUCAUCAAACUUGAUCUCCAUGGAAACCAGAUAAAGACUCUUCCAGAUAAGAAAUUUUGGAGUGGACUCAAGAACCUAAAGCUCCUCUAUCUCCACGACAAUGGGCUUUCAAAGCUGAAGAACAUCUGUGUACUGGCUGCUUGUUCAACCCUUACAGGGCUGACCAUGUUUGACUGUCCAGUGAGCCUAAAGAAUGGCUACAGGCACGUUCUUGUCAAUAGUAUCUGGACUCUAAAAACUCUGGACCACCAUGUUAUAUCUGAUGAAGAAAUUAUUCAGAACUGGCAUCUUCCAGAGAGAUUUAAAAGAUUCAACCACAGGCUAUACCUUAACAUUUGCUCAUCACUGAAAAAGGGUACAACCUAUGAAGAUGAAAUGAAAGACAUCAGACUUGUAAUUUCAAGGAUUAAUGAAAUUCUGGCUCAUAAUUCACCCGUAUUGAUUGUUCAGAGAUGGAUACGUGGUUACUUAGUUAGAAAACGCUUGAGUGGGAUAUUUGCAUUCCACCGGACAAAGAGUCAGGAUAGAAUGAUCAGGGUGCUUGCAGCAAAAUGGAUCUACAUAGGUGGACGGCGUGAGGACAAAAUCUUGGAGGAUGUCUUCCAUUUCAAGCCUGAAUCUAACAGAAAAGCGAAGGUUGCACAGUGGAAACAAAUGAUAUCUACUCCUGAUGACUUUAAACAUUCUACUGAGUACAGAAAUAUUCCCUGGUUUGCAUGGGAGUUGAAAAUGAAAGAUACUGAUGGAAAACCAAAAACACGAAGACAUUACAUUCAGAAAGGUCCGAAGGAGACUAAAGAUGAAUCUGAUGAGGAAGAAGUAGACACCAGGUUUAGGAUAUCUGCAAUGAAGAUCCCUUUAUAUUCCCCCAGAACACUCACAUACGGUGCAAUGUUGAAGGAGAUGAAACGGGACUAUAUUCCGGACUAUCUCCAGCCACUUCCUACCCCUCGUCCAAAGCCACCAAUCAAGACAGAAACACUAAAGGAGCUAAGGAAAAGGAAAGAAUUUCUAACCUCAGAGAGGGCUGGCAUGAAUCUCCACAUGUUUAAUGAUAUUGACAAAUAUCACGUAGAACAAAAGCACCAAGAAAGAGAAGAAAGAAAAUUAAAAGCCGUGAUUGCGGCACAAGUCGCCCGGGAAAGGGCUAGGCUCAGCAUUAAAGAGCAUGGAAGGAGGAAAAUUCAUAUGGCACAAAAACAAGUGGAAAAGGAUCAUGAGACAAUCCAGAAAGGCUUACGGAAAAUUUGGAAGGAGAAACUUGCCUACCUGGGAAAAGUUAGAGAGCGGAAAUCUAUGUUUCUAGCUGAGAAAAAGCUGAAGGCCGCAGAACAUUCUUUGGUUCAGUCUAUGAACAACGAGAGAUCUGUUCUGCUCAGAGGCAUCAACAGUGUUGACAGACUGAAACAUAACUUGUCAGACUCAAGAAAUAAGCGCCGGAUUGUUGCUGAAAAGUGGAAGGCAGAAAAAUACAAGAAAAGUUUGUUGAGGCAGGGGAAGGAGCUCAGGGCUGAAGAAACCCGUAGAAGUCACCAUGAAGAGAAAUUUGUUAUUGAUACACUCAUCUUUCACAAAGCCUGUGAAAGAUUUGAGGAGGCCAAAGCAAAAGUUGCACUUAUUAAGUCUCUUGAAAGACACCGUGAAUGAACCAAUGCCACACCAUAUCUGAUGAUUGUGAAUUGUGGCCACUAUUUUGAUUUAAAGGAUCUUGAAAAACUAUUUGGAAAGCUUGCUCUAUACACAGUAGAUCUGGGUGUAAACUUGUUCAAAAAGAGAAGAAGGAUCCAAGUGUUUCUGGCAUGGAUUAUAACACAGAGCUUGAC